AUGAAACAUGAAGCUCUUUCUCAACCCACCUGCACCAUGACGCUGGUGUGCAACUCGACCUCCCACUUACUUAUUGACGAUGACACACACAAAGUAGAGCAGAAUAAGAAAAGAAAGGACUCGGUGAAGAAGAAGGCCGAGGAUGAGGAGAUCCCAAAGAAGAACAUGGAGGAUUCGAAGAUCUGCUUUCUCUCUUCCUUUUGUUGGACGAUGAAGCCGGCAGAAAAGACGCGAAGCAAAGGCGACGAAGAAAAAGUGGAAGGUUGCGGAGGAGACACAAGAAGACUGCGAAGAAGAACGGUAAGGGAACUGAGAAUCGAGCAGACUUCUCUUCCAGAAAAGGAGAGGGCGAAGAAUAACAAAGAAAAUCAAACCUCUUCUCUUGCAGGAGCUGACAGGACUCUUCAAAUGCUGCAGCUUAGUAACAAGCUCAAAAAGGACAAACGCCAGAGAAACAGUAUGGAACAACUAAUAUUAGUCGAGGGGAGAAUUGAGUGGCAAGAAAUCAGGCGAAUAAUAGCAUGCUUAUAUCGGUGAUUCUUGACCUGCUGGAUCAUGUAA